AGAGAGAAAGAGAGAGAGGGAGUGAGUGAGAGAGAGAGAGAGAUACAGAGGAGAGAAAAAGAGAGAGAGAGAGAGAGAGAGAGAGGUAGAUAUGUCAGAGGAUGUGGUUUUCCUGAGCUUGCAGAACACACUGCGCGCAGGCAUAGUUUGAGCAUGACCUAAACACGAGCGCGCGCGAGGAAAGUGCGUUCUCGCUACGCUUUCAGCUUCCCAACCGAUUCCGAGCGGGAUUUUAAAGAAGAGCGCGAGCCUGGCUUCCCUCGCUCCCGCCGCCUCCUUCUCCUCCUCAGCUCUCCGCACAGCCGCAGCCUCGCGACUCCGCGCAGGAAGCGCGCGGGAACCUUUUUCGCGCGGAGGCUUUUUUUCCGAAAGCGCGUCACUCGCGCCGUUCAUGCGUUUGACAGCAGAGACGCUCCGCUGAUCCGCGAGCCCAACUUCCAGCACCUGCGGGGUCCACAGCCCCCCAACAGUUGAGGAUCAAAGCACACUCGGACAGGAACGAUGGGUUGCGGGCUGAGAAAGAUCCGUCAGACGGAAGACAGCAGUCCAGGGAAGAUCUACUCCACCCUCAAGAGGCCGCAGGUGGAGACCAAGAUCGGCGUAGCCUACACGUACUGCCACCUGGACUUCCUGGUUGGAAAAGAAGAAGGAACGUCCACUCUGUGUCUAUCCUCGGUGCGGGAGCUGCCAUCCCAGCUAAAGGAUCUUUACCAGCAGGGCUUCGUUCUCACAGCUGUCCACCCCUUUGUCCAUCCGUGUGGUCCAGAGCCUGCAAGUGUCCCACGACAGCUUUACCGAGCAGUCCUCACCAAACUGCCUGAAAGUUCCGAGAAGAGUCCAGCAGACUUCGAGCCUUACCAUCUGAAACUGGAGGAGUGCCUCAGUGCUGACCAUACCCCCACCCCAGAGCACAUCCAAGGCUACGUGAAGAAACAGAUUCAGGAUGCAGCAGAUCAGGGCAUCAUGUUUGCUGGCUUCAUCCAAGAGCCCGCUGGCCUGCACCCCCGCGUGUCAGCACGGGCAGAUGGAGGAGAGGCGUCGCUCUCUCUCCACUCUAGCCCCAGCUCACUGCGUGGCUCCGAGUUAACGGCCAGCCCCAGCCACCAGGGCGACCCCGACCAGGUGACUGAGAGUGGGCCGGAGGACUGGGCCAGCCAAACAGAGACGGAAGACCCGAAAGCCUCAGGGGAUGCAGGUGGAGACGCUCUUUCAGACGGGACGUCCAUCGCCUUGACACCAGAGCCCCAUGAGGGACAGGAAAACACGCCGAUUCACAACAACAACAAGGCCAAAGACACAGAGUCGGCUGAAAAAGCCGGCAGGCCACCCCUGUCCAAGAGUGGCGCUGAGCUUUUCGGCCUGUUCAACUACCCGGGUGGCCAGCGGAACCCGCUGAAGUAUUACACAGUGAAAGUCCCCCUGAGGGUGCAGCAGAAGGAGGAGGGGGCCCGUGCCGUCGAGGCCAACUGGCUGGACCACAUGACUCAGCACUUCAACAGCGGGGCAUCCCUGGUGGAUGGCUACUUCCAUCUGGGCAACGACAACGAUCAGCCGCCAAAGGUCAUUGACAGCGUAUUCAUCUUCCAGGAAGGAGACUCCAACGCAAGCACAACCUAUGAUGCCAUCGUGGUGGAACAGUGGACCGUUAUUGAUGGAGUGCAGGUGAAGUCGGACUACAUCCCUCUCCUGCAGUCGCUGGCCUCGUUUGGAUGGAAGCUGACCUGUGUGUUGCCCACACCAGUCGUCAAGACCAACAGUGACGGAAGCCUGUCCACCAAGCAGAUCGUGUUCCUGCAGAGACCAGCGCUGCCUCUCAAAAGGAAACAGUCCAAGAAACUCAUCUUCAGAACGCGGAACAAGACCGCCAAGAACUCGGUCAAAGACGCCCCAAAAAACAAGAAGAAGAAAAGCACGGCCACAGAGAAAGAACUGGAUGACCCAUCGAAGAUCCAGGACGGAGCAGAGAAUGAUGUGGCCGAAGAGAAUAGCAAAGGCAUGAAUAAAAAGAAAGGGAAAAAUGAGGGCAGAAAUGGAGAGAGAGAUGGAGUAGAGAUGGAGGACAGGGGCGAGGAAGUGGUAGAGAGGGACAGAGAGGUCAGGGGAGAGUUAGGGACCAAAAUAGACCAAGAAGAAAAAGGUGUAGAAGUGAAACAAGAAGGGUCAGAGGGCAGGAAAGUGCCAGAUUCAACUACUGAAGUUAAAAAAGAAGAAAUGGGAAAUGAAGAGAUGGAGUGUGAUCCGAAUACAGAGAUGAAGGUAGAAACAGAACAAACAGACCUACCUGGAGUGGACAGGACAGAGGAGGACACUCACCAACAGCACCCACCAUCUGCCGAGGAAUCGGAACCGCUGGCCGAGUCAGACAUUUAGGAAUAAGCGUACCGUUUGCCUUGCCUCUGCUUGUAGGGGACAGGAUAAGUGAACAUUUCGACACAUGAACAGGGGAGACAUCACAGAAAAAUGUCAGACUUGUUCCUUUGACCUCUUAUAGCCCAUGCUGACCACAACAGUGGGGUGUAAACAGACUUUCCCCACUUGAGAGAUUAUUAGCAGUAAAAGCACUGGAUAUGAAAAAUUCUAUGGAUGUACUGUGUAUAAGCCCAGAGAGGCCCAGGGCUGAUGAAAUAUACUGACUCCUGCGAUGUCCAUAAUCUUGAACCUCACUUCAGUUCAAAAUAGACUGUGCUGUGUAAGCAGUGGGUGCAUCCAGUGUGCUUAAAUAAGACGAGGAGGAGGUGGCUAUUGUUGCGAAAGGCAAUCUGUUGUAGAGUAAAGAAGAUAUUGUUCUGUCCUUCUGUUUACAUUUAUGAAUAUGUUCAGUCACGCUCCCAGCAAGCAUAAAGUAUUAAAUGCACACUGAGCAGAAUUACAUUGGAAUAACAUCGAAAACAUGUGUUUGCAUUCAAGCUGUCAGCUUUCGGAGCACGUUUCCAACCACGAGCCGGAGAAAUCCAGAGACAAUCUGUGCUGACUUUGCAACAGACUGUUUAUUUUUUAUCUUAUUUCUCACUCGCCGAGGUAAUGAAUGUCAAAAUCCCAGAGUCCCAUCGAUCCACAGAAACCAAAAAAAACAAAAGUCUGAAAAAGUUGGAGCAUGACUCAAUAACAUGCCAGACAAAUGAGGUCCUAAUCUUCCCUAUCAGAAAACAAGUGUUACCCUGCAAGCCACAGAGCAUCCAGAGUAGAAUCCAUUUGCUUGAUCUCGAAGCUAAAUGGGUCUGACCUUUUUUGGCCUGUGUCAAGGGAUUCAUCAGAGGAUGAGGUUACACCUAUUAGCUGAAUGUCAUGACCUCUCAUUCAUUCUAAUUAGCAAUGGGAGCUGAUCUCAAUUCAUAAUUCAUUUCAUAAUCUGACGAUGUCAUGAGACAUACAGCACUCGUCAGAGGUUUGGACACACCAGAUGUAUGUUUUUUCAUAAUCUGACAUUUUCAUAUAAAGGCUUCUGCUAGAACUUUAUUUCUAAAGCAAAUGGUAAUAGUGAGGCCAAUGCCUUUGUAUUAAUUCAUUUCCAAAACAUCAGUUAUAAACUGAAAGAUUUUUGAAAGGCAGGUCUCAGCAUAUUUGAGCCUGUUGGAAAGUGUCCAAGGAGGCUCUUCAUUACCGAUCUAAAUCAGGGCAAAAGGGGGCUAUUCUGAGGAAUCUAAAAUAGAAGACUUGUUCAUAUAAAGAAAAGCCCUUCAUGACUGGGUGUGUCCAAACCUUUGACUGGUUCAACAAAAGGCCAGAUGAAGGAUACUGGCUCUAAGUGUGGAUUUUUCUCAGUGUUAGCAUUUCAAAAGCAUCAUGUAAGAAGAGUCAUGGGGUUUUUUAAGGUGGCGUUGCGGUCUUUCCAAAAGGUCCCCCAGUAUUGCGUAGUUGCGGCAGUAGGGAUUAUGAUCAAAGACGACUGAGGGAAGAGACGUUUAGUGUUCACAUGAUGCUGACUGUACCUCGCGGGCUGGCUUCCCGGACAAAGAUUAAGCCCCGGAAUCAAAAGGAUUUUCCACAGAGAAUCACCAAUGACGCUGUCAAUUAGGCCAAGACUAGGCUUAAUCCAUGCCCAGGAAAGCAGCCAAGAAGCUAAGGUUUUAUCUGCAAGUUAUUUAAUGUGUCAGAGGGAAUGGAAUAACAGAUAAAGUGUGUGUGGAGCGUGGACCAGCGUUGUUUACCCACAGCGAUAAAUCCUGGCUCCUAAUGUCCAGCCUAUUUUGUGUGUGUGUGUGGUCUGAUAGAUCUCCCGGCAAGGGCCCAAGGGCCGGUUCCUUUGGACCUCAAAUAACCAAAGAGGUCCUGUGUAAAAUUCUAAUAGCUUUUGCACUUUUCCCAGGGGGAAAGUGUUUCGGCCCUCUUUGCCUACUGUGCCCAUAUUGGCAUCACCCUGGACUUCAUAAAGAACAGCGACUGUCCGGUCCAUCUCAGUAUGAUUCAGUCACAUCUUUUUUCUCAAUGUCCCCAUGCAUCAUGAUGGGUAGAGCUUAUCUACAUUACCACUCAAAAGUUUGGAAUCAUUUGUCAUAUUAUUAUUUUGGAUAUUUUACAAGCAGUAACAACAUAGACAUCUUAGAUUUAAAUAACUGAAAGAGUAGCAAAUUUUUUGUUCUCUCUACCACUUUUGAAAUACAGGGUAUUCUGGAUGUUUAUUUUAUUAAUAUUAUUAUUUAUGGAUUACUGACAUUAUACAGCUCUAACAUUAAGUGUGUUGUUAUCCAACUUUCUUGGUCUGCGCACAUCUAAGAUUUUGUCAUUUUUAGAUGGAAAGCACCUGAUUGACCUGGCUUGUAACUCAUGUUCACAUUUAGCAGGCUGAAGAUUCUUCACAAGGGGGUGCUGUUAGCAAUCAAGUAGCUUUUGGCGCUUUACACGAAUGACACUGUGUUUCUUUGUUUUAUAGCUUCCUAUUAAUUAUUUGAAACCUGUGAAGUUGUGCAGGGUUGGCAUAUUAAAAUAACUUUAUACUGUCAUAUGCAAAAGUUUGAGCACCCUGGCUAAAUUAUUUUUAUUGAUUUUCAGUAAUUUUGAAAGUAAGUAUAUAACCUUCUGCACAUUUUAAUGCAAAAUUACUGUUUAUUUGCUGAGUAUGGCGACCCAACGUUUCCUGUUGAUAUCAGCCCAAAACCGAUACCUGGUAUCAGGUUAGUGCCAUCUUUGAUUAAAGCCAAAUUGUUUUCUUAUUAUUGUAAAACUGAUUCCAAACCUUUGAGUGGCGAUGCAUGUCAUUUCAAAGCUGUUUUUCUGAUGUGUUCAUCAUUUUAAUUGCUCCUAGUUGGCACAUAGUUUGUUAGAACGGAUCAGACAUGGUUUGCUUGUCUUUGUAACGUGAUGGCAGAAUUAACGUUUCUUCGUGAUAAUGACUACCGUGUUCUUCUUUACUGAACAAAAAAAAAAACAUUCCAAACUGGUAUUCAUCUGUUCACUCUCAGCUGUCUUAACUCUGAUAAAUUAAGAAGUGCUGAUAUAAUCUUCUCUUUUGUUGCUUAUGAUUGUUGCGCUCUCCUGGCAGGUGAUUAAUUAUGCGUUGUGUUUUCCGCUGCUGUCAGUGCGUCUUCUGCGCGUGUGGGUUUGGCUAUGUGUCAUACGGUUUAUGUCUGUAAUUCUCAGAUGAGAUUCCUUAAUGUUGAACAAACUCCAGUGUAAAACCUCAGAAAACUUGCAAGGUCAGCCCGACUUGAAAGGGUCUUUUUGCGUUAUUACUUUGUAGAUGCUGGACGUCAAAUGGGACGAGUUAGUUGGCUGUGAUGAAUAUUUCAUGUGCGCUGUGUGUUGAUCUCUCUGUGUGCAAAAUACAUAAUACACAUCACCUCCAGCAUUUCUGAAGUGUAUGUACACAGCAAAACGUUUGGGGACCACCAGCUUUUCAAAAUGUUUUUAAUACAAAUGAUCAUUUUGCAAUAGAAUUAUGCCAUUUUUUCUUUUUUGGAAAUCUACAAAACUGGAGGAACAACUUUAUAUGAGACGUAAUUGCGAAUAAUGAUCUCCACACAUUUAUCCCCUUGUGAUGUCAGCAUACAUUCAGUCAAUGAUAAUAUCAUGAAUUGCAGAUAGAUUUCAUUUAUCACAAUUUUCAAUCAAGUUGGACAGUUGAAUGUCAGAAAAUGUGCUGUUUGGCGGCUUUAGGAUAAUAACUUUUACCAUAUUUGUCUUGUAGUCUUUGUUUCCUCUUUAAUGUGUCCUUUAACAUAGUCCAUAUCAUAUCAACGUAAAUAUGAUGUUUGGUUUCAAAACAUUCUCUACAAUGUUAAAUAACUAAAGCUAUGCUGCAGCCUUCCUCACACAGAACACGUUCCCUUAUGAAACAUAAACGAGGGCUUAAAUUAUUUUGACGUUGAUUUAUUUUGUUUGACAUGAAAAAGACAAAGCCUAUUACUGUAAUUAAUAGCUUAAUAAUAGUAGGCUAACAGUAGCCAAGAGACUGAUUAUGUGCAGUAUGUAAUAACUAUUUAUGAUUUUAACUAGAAGUAAUUUAUAAGCUGUAAACAUGAUUUAUUAAACCUACAGCACACUCCAAACCAUACCAAGAACAGCCAAACUGGACUAAGAAGUACCAAACCAGAUCAAUAAUUGCCAAACCAAACUAAACCAAGAACUCCCAAACUGGACCAUGAACUCCCAAACCAGAUAAAGAACAAACUAACCAGACCAAGAACUACCAAACCAGAUCAAUAAUUACCAAACCAGACCAAGAACUACCAAAUGAGAUCAAUAAUUACCAAAUCAGGCCAAGAACAACCAAACCAGACAAAGAACAACCAGACCAGACCAAGAACUACCAAACCAGAUCAUAAACUACUAGACCAGAUCAAGAACAACCAGACCAGACCAAGAACAACCAAACCAGACCAAGAACUACCAAACCAGAUGAAUAAUUACCAAACCAGACCAAGAACCACCAAAUCAGACCAAGAACUACCAAACCAAAUCAAUAAUUACCAAACCAGACCUAAAACUCCCAAAACCAGGUCAAGAACUCCCAAACCAGACCAAGAACUACCAAACCAGAUCAAGAACAACCAGCCCAGACCAAGAACCACCAAAUCAGACCAGGAACUACCAAACCAGAUCAAUAAUUACCAAACCCAACCUAAAUCUCCCAAAACCGGACCAAGAACUACCAAACCAGAUCAUGAACAACCAGACCAGACCAAGACCAACAACCACACCAGACCAAGACCAACCACCACCCUUGUUCCCCCUCAUCAAUAUCAUCAAUUAGUGAUAUGUAUUGCACACAACCUCACAAACCUACACUCAAAUCUUUCAGGCCAAAAGAGUUUUAAUAUGUGCUUUAACAGUUGUUUGGAAAAAAUAUUAUUCAGGCAAAAGCUGAUCUUCAUAUGAAGGAAGGUGCUUUGAUGAACAUGAUUGUUUAAGCUAAAUAUCUUCAAAGGAUUAACAUAUAGCUGCUUUAUAUGAGCAAAACCUUUGUUUUUUUUUCACUUAAUUGAAGAGUAACAGUGAGAAAAUUCAAAUUCAGAAAUAAGGCAAGGGGUCCCCAAACGUUUGAUUGGCUGUGUACAUCGUGCACAACACCACCGGUGUUUCCUCAGUAUGUUGUCGUUGUCAAAGCAAAAUCUCGCAAUUUCACAUUUUUUUUUUACAACAUUGGAAAACGCCAGCUGCCCUUUACACUGUGUGAAACAUUUCAUAAAGAGCAGCCCAAAACGACUUGUACUCAACUCAUUACAUUGACGUACAUUAAAGAAAGGUUACCAGGUUUUGUUAUGACAGCGGCGAUAUGUAUUUGCAGUCAAAGGCAUCCAGGGACACCAAGGGUCCAUGUCUGGUCAGCAGCGUCCAACUGUGGGCCGUACAGGCCUCAGCUUGACCUCUGGCGAUUACAGAAGACUCUGCUUUCUUGCACAAAUGAGACAGAAAAACAAGGGUGUGAAAAGCAGUGUGAAACAGGAUCUCCUGCUUCAUCUGCUAAAUAAGGCCGAGUAACCCUUACCACCCGGUCCUGGCCGCCACGGCAACCCGCGGCUAAUGGAGCACUCGGCCCCUUUCUAGAACAUUCUCUCCCCUCGAACGCAGCUAAUUCUCGCUUUGCUCCUUUUAUGUAACCUUUUCGUGUGUCAGAACCUCCAUCAGUGGAGAGAGUGAGCUUAUUACUCGUAAUAACACGCACCUCCUUCGGUUCAUUCAACCACUGGAAGGCUGUGUACUGAAGGGUUUUUAUUGUUUUGUUUUUCCUUUGGUUUGUUUGUUUGUUUGUUUUUGUUGUUGUUCUUUCCACUGGUGAAGUACAAAUGAUGUUGUAUAUCUGAAAACAUUUUGAACUCUGCUGCCAUUUUGGCGAUUGCUUCUUCGAUUGUUGUCCAUCGCAGCCAUUUGUAAAACAUUAUCUCCUGUUUGUUUGGAAAGGUCAAAUACAGUGCGGUCCAUAAGGAACUGGACAGCAAAGUAGUUUGUGUUGUUUUGGCUCUACACUCCAGCAUAUUGGAUUUGGAAUAAGGCAAUGACAGGACAAAGUGUGAACUGUCAGCUUUAAUUCAGAAUUGUUAGACUGUGUCAACCACAGAAAGAGCAAAAAGCUGGUUAGCUUAGCAAUAGCAAAUAACCUCGUAGAUCACAGAAGGCUACAGUAGUGAAUAACUGAAGAACUCUAGCUUCAAACACUGAAAGCCCAGCUUACAGUUUGCUAAAAAGAACACAACGAACAUGUAAGCAUGUUCUAGCACAACGUUUACGAAAGGCUAGCUGGUUCCAGAGGUUCCAGUUUAAAAUGCUACACAACUGUGGAAGCUAAUCGGGACUUGUGGGUUGGAAAUAACUGUGAAUUUGCUGCUGUGCUAACAUUAGCUCGAUUACACACCUCGUCCCUCCUAACAGUGUGGUCUUUUACACAGAUAAAUAUGAAAUAAAAAUCAUUAGCUGUACUAUGUUUUUUGUUAGAAUUGUAAGGAAUAGCAUUGCUAAGUCAGGAAGAAAAAUCACGCUAAAAUAGCUGCGAAAGACACGUCCUUUGUGUUCUUUGAAAUCUCUUUCGACACACUGAAACAGAGCCCACGUUGCAACAAGUUCUUCCAUAAUUUCCAUGCAAUUACACAUUUCCACCAGAGAGGUCUCCAAAUUCCCCCAAUCACCAAAACUUAAAUAACGUAGCAUUUUUUCUUUCUUUCUUUCUUUCUUUUGUUUUUAUCCAUAUUUUCUCCUGUCAAAUUCUACCUUCUAGCUAAGUCUCUCUCUCUCAUGCAAUGCUAGCCCAAACUUCCUCCGAGACAUGUGAAGCUCCACCACAUUUUUCUGAUCUGCUGUUAGCGCAAUGCCAUUGCAGAGCUCAACACGCUUGGAGGAGAACGCUAACUGCUAAUUUUGUUACGUCAGUUAACAGGCUGCUACGUUGACUACCACUGCGCUGAGUAGGGGGUGAGGGAGGGCCAUCCUACCCACCAUGAGAGCGAGAACAGUUAUGCUCUCUUGUACUCCCAGCCAUGGAUGGCUGUGAUCAGCUGUGCUAUAUAUAUAUAUAUAUAUAUAUAUUUUCUCUUUUUUUUUUUACAAGAAAAAAGUUUUUCAUUAAGUUGAAUGUCGUGACUGAUGUGAAUGGAAAAUCCACCCAAAUGUUUAAAAGAGAGUAGUGCUUCACCUUCCAGAAGGAGAAAGACCUGAAAACAAACCACUAAAUGUUUUCAGGGUUGAAAAUUGAAAUGUUCUUGACUGACUGAGUCAGUCACCCUGAAUCGCACUGCUCAGCAUUUCGCUUCCUGCAGGCAAAGCUGAAGAGAAAAGCCCCUGAAAACUGACAGGAACUGAAAAUGACUGCAUUACAGGCCUGGCAGGGCAUCACCGGGGAAAUACCCAGUAUCUGUGACUCACAGAAUUGACGCAGCCAUUGAUUUUGAGGGUAUAUCUGACACUUUCAUGCUAAUUUGUCAAAUUAUUUAUGGUUCGCUGAAAUAUUUCUAAAACCGUAAUUCCUGUGUGCUUCACCUGUUGUAGACGUACACACCUUUAAUCAAAGCUGACAUUCUGCACGUUCAUUCCAAACGCAAUAUGCUGGAGUACAGAGCCACAAGAGAAAUUUUGCAACUGUCCAAUGGUUUAUGGGCCGCACUAUACGUUAAUGUAUUCUGUACAAUUUGUAUAUUAUAAAUAUGAUUUAUAUUUGAUUUGCCUUUGAGUACUUCUGACAUAAAUAUUCUAAAUAUGCUUAUUCUAACAUGUUGUUGUGUCCUUGUUUCAACCUCAUGAUAAUUCAUAAACUAGAUUAUCAAAUGUUGCUACUCAGACACUCUCAGUCAAACAGCUCUUAGACUCUUGCAGAGUCUUCUCUGACCACCACAGCGUUAAAAGAAAACUCUAACACUGCUAACAUCGAGCGCCAGCUAGCAUGGAACCAGUUAGCAUCAUGCUGACUGGUCUUUACCAUCUUUUACUGACUGUUAGCUUCAUUAGCAUUUGGUGUGAAGCAUUCCUUCAAGCUAUUAAGUGCUCUUCACAGCUCAGCGGGUCUUACCAUGAGCAUUUGUGAAGAGUCUUGGGUUGACUGACCGGUUUCAGCACAUGCAGCCUCUUUGGAAAGCCCAGAGGGACUGAAGUCUAUAACCACAACAGCAGUGGGACUAUAACCACAACAACCACAGCAAAUCAAUGGUGUAUCCAUUAUCCAACAACUCUAAUGAUGGUACAGACACCCAGGGAGUACAAAGGAGAAUUUGAGCCAAACUGAAAAGCAGUCACUACAAUGGACAAGCGUAAAAUGCAGUGCACACAUGACAUUACUUUUCCACAGUGUCAUGCAGAAUAUGUGCCAGAAUGAAAAACAAAACCUCUAUUAUGUUGGUUUCAUGUCGCUUGACCUCUUAACUAAAAAAAAACUUGAUUUGCAUUUGAAAAAUGCAGAAUUUGUGUCAGAAUUAAAUACCCAUCCUAAAAUGUAAUGAAUGCAUAGUUAUAUUGCUUUCCACCAUUCAGUACUCAGGCCCAGAUCAUCCAGCGAUCAGCCCCAAGGCACAAUAAUUCAAUGGGCCUACCUGGCUUAUGACAUGGCCAUUGGGUUCAUUGUGAAGUAACUUCACCAUUUAUUCCCAGUAAACACAAAGCAAGAAUUAAACCACAGAGCGGUUGUUUUUGUUGUCUUGCUGGCCAGCUGUGGCCAUCGGGCUGAAGACUCCACCAUCUCUGUAAGCUACAGGAUCGGCUGCUUCGCAACUCUUUAGAGUGACUUAAUUCAUUUGAAUUGUAUCACUGUUAUCAUUUUAUAUUGUUUAUAUAUAUGAUUUAGUGAUCGUUCUACUUAUUUAGGCUAUUCAUUCAUUUGCGGGAUUGUCCCGCUCCCGCCUGCAGUGGACUGGUUACCCACCCGCUCCCCUUGGGGUCCAGUGGGAAUCCUGCGAGAGUGUAGACCUCUACCGUCAAGCAUUCUAGCUAAAGCAUACUGCCACAGCAGGUCAUCUUACCUCUUAUAUCUUACCUCUGAUGACAGGAAACAAUGAAGCAGACAUUUAGGAAAGAGGUAGAGAGUGUCAGGAUUAUGAUUAUGUCAGGAUUAUGAUUGUGAUUAGCUAUUUUUUCCACUGUGCCUCUAGUAAAUCUCCCACCACUACUGGCACAGCAAGUCAUUUUCUCAUAGUUACUCAGCGGUGCCCCCUAGUGGCUUGGGCCCCCAUGCAUGCACCCAUAAAAUUCCAUUGAAUGAUCAGGGCCUGGCAGUACUUGGAUUUGGCUCAUUGAAAUGCAGUCAUAACAGUGAAACGCAGUGCAGAUGUGACAUUGCAUUCAAACAAAUAACGUUCCAAAAUUAAACAUAAAAAAGAUCCAUUACACUGAUUUAACCUUGUUUGAAGAACUGCACGGUGGAAGGCAAUAGCAUUUCUUGUUUUAAAUGCAAAUCUGCAUAUACUGUUUUUCAGUAAAGAGGUCAAGUGACGUGUAAAUAAUGUAAUGGAGGUUUUGUUUUUCAUUUUGGCACAUAUUUUGCAUGUCACAAUGGAA